UUGCUUUGUCUGUCCGUACUGUAGUAUGAUAUUAUACAUGAAGAUAACGAUACGAAGAUUUGAAGAUUAGGAAGAAGUACAAGAAAUCGUGAUACAACUCUAUUCUGGUAUUGUUUGAAGAUAGUAAGAAUGGUAAAUAAAUGCGCCGCUUAUGGUUGCAAAUCUGGCUAUGCCUCAAGUCCCGAAAAGCUGUCUGCGUUUGCGUUUCCAUUCGACAAACCUGAGUUAUUAAGGCGAUGGAUUAGAUUUGUAAAUGACCCCAAUUUUUACCCAACAAAUAACAAUGUGAUGUGCAUCAAACAUUUUGAACCGCAGUUUUUGAUCCUUGGGAAAUGUAGGAAUAAAUUGAAUUGGCGACUGAAUCCAGUCCCCACAAUACCGUCCGAGAUUGCCCUUGCUGAGAAAGCAUCUUGCUUACCAACGGUUGAAACAACCAGAAAGCCCCCUCUUCAUCGAACGUAUGCUGAAGAUGAAAUGGAUACCUUCAUUAGUCGUGACCAAAUUGCUCACUUUGAUCAGUUAACUGCAGGUACUUGUCCACCAGGGUAUACUUUUCGAAAAACCGGGGAUCAUGUGUUGUACUACAAGCUUGAUUUUGAAAUUUAUUUUCCUCGAGUACUUGGUGCGAUAAAAGUAGACAAAGAUUUGCACGUAAAGCUACAAUACUUGAUG